GGGGGAAAGAGAGAGAGAGUUUUCUAUACUGUGUAUUCAUGUAUUUUAUAUUUUUAUAUUGGCUCCUUGGGGUGAUUUGUUUCAUCACCUCCUGUAUAUGUUAGUGCUCAGGUUUAAGAUGGAAAUUCUGAAAUUCGCGUACACUUUGAACGCAACACAAACACGUACACAAACGUCACAAACCGAACAUUACAGCUACCGGCGAUGUCACUAUUAAUGGUUGGUAGGUUUGUCGGUCAGCAGUAGUAGCGAAUAACUAUUUUAUUCUGAAGGGCUGUUACAAAGAUCAGUGAGGGUGGGAUGUUGGUCCGGUAUAUAACGGCCCACCCUACGAAGGGUUAGGGUUAGACUGUCGCCGGAGCGAGUCAGUACGAGAAGAUCGAACCACUGAACUACUUUAAACGAAGCGGAGAUGGCAAGAGCUCAGUAUUAUAAAGAACCAAAUCUUGGCGAUUUGAUAAGAAUUGAACGGACCUGUUAUCAACACUGGGCGCUGUACAUUGGAGGUGGCUAUGUUGUACACCUUGCUCCACCCUCUGAGGUUGCAAAUGCAGGUGCCCAAAGUCUAAUGUCUGUGGUGGCCGAUAGGGCUGUGGUGAAGAAAGAGCUACUAAAGGAUGUAGUGGGAAAUAGCAAUUGGAGAGUAGACAACUUACUGGAUAAAGAGUAUGAACCUCGCUCAACCUGUGUGGUCAUUGAAGAGGCAAAGGCCUGGGUGGGGCGAGUGAUGCGAUAUAAUGUCAUCUCUUGGAACUGUGAGCACUUUGUCACUAACCUGCGAUAUGGAAAACCAGAGUCCCGUCAGGUGCGUCAAGCAGCAAAUGUGGCUCUUGCUUCAACUCUGGCAGCAACUGCUAUUUUCGGGAUUAUUGCUCUUGCAGGAACCCUGUCUGGACCAGACAAGGAAAAACGCCACGACACAGAAUGAUCUGGGUUCACCUGUUAACUGGCCUGGUUAAUAGAACCACGUGCUUUCUCACGUGCCUUUUUCAAUGUUUAUAAUUUCUGAAACUGCCUUUUUAACCAUUUUUAAUAGAUUUUAUGUCACGAAAACUAUAGUAAAAAGUUGGCUAAUAUCUAAUAUGACGAAAGAUGCUUUAGAG